AUGUUGAUUGAAGAAUCUUACAAGGACGUGACCACCAAGGAUGGCGGAAGUAUGCGCGUGUAUACCUGGCACCCAACGGUCCCCAACUAUCCCAAGGCCAAAUUCCCUGGUGUAGUUGUCUUCAGCGAGAUCUACCAGGUGACUGGACCUGUUGCUCGAUUCGCUAAGCAAAUUGCUGGUCAGGGAUACAUCGUUGCUGCACCGAGUAGCUACCACGAGUUUACUGGACCCGAGCCUCUUGCUUACGAUGGUCCCGGUACUGACAAGGGAAAUGACUGGAAGGUCGCCAAAAAGCUUGCAGCUUACGAUGAAGAUGCUGAACUAAGUGUCUCUCUGCUCUUGUCCCUUGAGACCUGCAAUGGCAGAAUUGGUGCAACUGGAAUGUGCCUCGGAGGUCACCUGGCUUACCGAUGUGCUUUGGACAAGCGUGUCAGCGCUGCUGCCUGCUACUUUGCUACUGAUAUUCACUCCCAAACUCUUGGUGCUGGCAAGAACGACGACUCUCUAGCUAGAGCCAAGGAUAUCAAGGGUGAACUGGUUAUGAUCUUCGGCAAGAAGGAUAACCAUGUGCCUCCUGAAGGUCGUGAUCUUAUUCGCAAGACCCUGCACGAGGCAGGCAUUUGCUUCAGCUUUUUCGAGGCUGCUUGGGCUCAGCAUGCUUUCAUUCGUGACGAGAUGAGCAAAGGACGUUACGAUCCUGGACUUACCAAGAUCUGCUUCGAGAUGUUGUUGGAAUUGUUCAACCGUACACUGAGAUCUGAUCUCGGUCCCAGAGUUGGAGGCGAGCAAGAGAUCGAAGACGUCUGCUAG